GAGAUGACAGUCUGAGCGAGGGGACCGCUCCCGUCCCGCGCAAACACUCCGUAUCCCGUAGAAGUCAUGGGUGUGACUUAAAAAAAAGAGAGUGGGUGGCGACACAGGCGCGCACGCACAUACACGCUGGUGCAAAGUGUGUGUGGCGGGGGGCUGGUGCUGGUGGUGGUGGUGGCACACACACACACACAGGGAGGAGCAAGUCAGUCCUUCACCGCCCUGAGCGAUGCCUCUGAAAUCUAUCAGUUUUACCUGUGACCUAAAAGGAGAAGUGUUGGUGUGUAGAGAGUGUACAAGACCACCUCAGUGAAGCGUCUUUUUUUUAGAGUUUUAAGAAAUAUAUAUAUAUAUUUUUUUUUUGGAAGUCUGGUGAAGAAAGUCUGGUUUCAAGUUUUUUUUUUUAAUUAUUACUUUUUUUUUGUUCUUCGGGGGGGAGGAGGAGGAGGAGGAGGAGGUGAAGAAGAAGGGUUUUUUGACCCCAUCUACAUCAUCGGCUCAAGACUAUCAACCACCUACCUGUGUAACUCAGGAUAUUACAAAACUUUAGAAUACUGAUCCUCGCUGCUGUUGCUGCUGACGCUGACGCUGCCACUAUCUGUACAAAUUAUAUCCAGUGGUGCGACUUCUGCUGAAUCGCUGCCUGGAACGAGAACUCAAGUCUGACUAGCAGGCUAACCAAGGUACUCAAAGUCUGACUAGCAGGCUAACCAAGGUACUCAAGUUCCUCUCCAUGCCCCAAUGAUUCCAUCCUUCCUGAAAGAACAUAUGAGUGCGGGCAUUCACAAGGGAGCCGAGGAUUCGUUACAAGACCGUACAAAUAUCGCCAACGAGACUUCCCCCCUCCUCCGCAAGCAGCUCUUGCCAUUUUUAACAAGCAAACAGGAUUCGUUGCAUCAUUACAAAGCUGUUUCGUGAGCAGCCAAACAUCUCCAAGCUCUGUGAGAAGUUGUAAUACUCAGUAGCGUAGUUAAUAACCCAUAAUUCCCAAUACGUAACUCGCCUCAUCUGGUACCUGAUGGUCAAGGCCUUGGUGCUGUUGUAACUAAGGAGAAAACAAAAGAAUAGUUCAAGAAGAUUAGAAAAAGAAUAAGUGUGACGUUGUAUUUCUAUAAUACAAUUAUUUUCUAUACUGGCUCCCAUACCAGUCCACAAAGUUCUUUUUUUUGGCCACCACUCGCCACAACCUUAACUACUGUGUGAAGUAUUUCAUCUCACCAAUUUACCCCCAAACAAGCACUUAGCACUAAAGAACGAAGAGGAAACCCAAGCAUGAGGUGAGGGCGGCUCGUGAUCCCUCGAGCGCGCGAAGAGCCGCGAGUUCGGCCGAGAUCGAAGCUAUACAGUCCGGAGUUCGAUAGACGUAAUAGUGAGCUUGGAUGUGAGUGACUUAUAAGAGCUUGAUGGCGCAGUUGUGGGUGUUGAGUGUGGCGGGCCUCGUCAUCUUGUGUUCCCUGGCCUCUGCGGUCACUGCCCAUCAGUUCCUCAGAGAGUCGGCCGAGAGACUGGGCUUCGGGUACCAGGUCUUGCCCCCGACGGAGACGGUGACGGUCAUAGGGGCGAAACUCCUGCUGCCCUGCCAACCCGCCACCACCACUACGGCACCCGCACCCAACGUCACCUGGAUUAAUAAAGGACGUCUAGUUAACGAACCGCGUCGUUACGUCCUCCCAAAUGGCACCUUAGUCAUCCACCAGGUGAUGAUCGAGGACCGGGGCUUGUACCAGUGCGUCCUUCGUCGUGGGUCCCUGGCCGCCAUCUCCUCCCCUCUCACCCUCUCCCUAGCAGAAACCGGUUCAUGGAUGAUUCGACCCAGGAACGCUACGGUGGGGCAGGGCAGCGCCAUCCGACUCACCUGUUACUUCUCUUCCAUUCCUUACGCCAACCUCACCUGGCUCAAAGACAGCCGCCCUCUUCCCCAGCACGCUAGGUACUACCAGCCAACGCCCAUGGUGCUACAGAUCACUAACGUCACCCUUCAGGACGCUGGAAUAUACAGGUGCAAGGCAGUUAACCACCUCCUGAAGAAGGAGUUCGUGAGUCCCGGUGGCCGCCUGGUGGUGGAGUCUGCUGCCACCUCUGCGGCAGGCGGCGAGGGACACACGUGGAGGCCGACGCUGCUGGCGGUGCCAUCGAAAGUGGAGGUGGAAGUUGGACAACGGGCGAUCCUUGAGUGCAUGACGGAUGAUGUCUACCAGCCCCAGCUCCUGUGGUCCAGGAUAGACGAGCGAGCCAUCCGCACCAAGGGAGUGAGGGUGGAGGGCCAAGGCUCCCUGGUGUUCCUGCAGGUUCAGGAUCAGGACGCCGGGGUCUACAACUGCUCCGUCGUCAGCAAGCUGUACCGAAACCCCGUGACCCAGAUGAUCGAGCUUUCCGUGUUGAAGGCCCCGCGGGUCGAGGUGACCGUGUCCACCCGGACCAAAACUAUAACCCUGUCCCAAGCCGUGCGUAACGGGGAGUCCGUGGUGCGGAUAUCCUGCUCCGCUGAGGGCCUGCCCUCUCCGGAAAUCAUCUGGUACAAGGACGGCCUCCCCAUCCCCGUCUCCGGCAGGCACAACUUCGGCAACUCCGUGAUGGAGAAGAACUUCACGAAGGAGCAACUGGUUAUCGCUGACAUCAUGGUCCGAGACACGGGUUUCUACCAGUGUGUAGUGAAGAACAGGGUCGGGGUGGCCUCAGACGGCUUCGUGCUGACCGUCGACACACCUUCCAACAUACCCCAGGCGCCCGUCGACAUCCUGGUGAACGAGACUACAUCUAAGGACAUCCUGGUGGUAUGGAGCCCUCCUCCGCCAGUAGGCCAGACGGCGACCAUGGGCUACAUCGUCCAUUACUUCGAUAUCGACUCCACGGCGCAGGAGAAGCAGCACGUGACCAACAGCACCAGCUUGAAGAUCGAGAAGCUGCGCGCUUACACAAACUAUUCCAUCUAUAUCCGAGCGUUCGUCAUCAUCGAGGACCAGGACGACCCCGUCAUCGGCGUGCCCUCUGAGCCGCUCAUCUGGCGCACCCACGCUGACUUGCCAACGCAGCUGCCUAAUGUAACACUGAAGGCUCUCUCCCCCACCGUACUGCAUGUGAUAUGGAAACCAUUGACUAAGGAGGAGGCCAAUGGCGCCAUCAUCCACCAGAGAGUCCAGUGGCAACAAAAACACGCUCAUUAUCAUGAAAUGGAAGAGGUACCCCCGGAUGUCACCGAUUACGUGAUACGAGACUUGCAGCCCAACACCUUGUACAUGGCUAGGGUUUUGGUGGCCACGGAAGCUGGCUACCCAGAACACAAUGAGCGGCGAGCCUGGGAAGAGAUCAAGAUGCCCAAAAUAGAUCUCAAGCAGCAUGACAAGGACAUCGACCUUCAUCUCUCUGUCUUCAGUGACAAGCCCACAGAAAUCCUAGUGGAAUGGGUCAUGGCUGCGGCACUACGCCGAGAUGUCUUCAUAUACGAGGUAGUCUACAACAACACUCCUUCUCUGAGACACCACAAGCACACGGAGCCGUCCGCCACCUCUCUUCUCAUCAAAAAACUUGAGCCCGGUACGUGUUACAGUGUGAAGAUUGAGCCUCAUUACAAGGACGGGCAGGAGAGGGGUAUUAUCCCGAGUACUGACCGGACUGUCUGCACCCUGCUGCUACCUCCAGCCAUUCCACCACAGCCAAACUACAGUGACAAGAUAGGCAUCAAGAAAGUCAAGGUAAAGGUAUUAAAUUCGACCAGCAUCCUAGUAACGUGGCGGCCCAUGCGUAAAAAAUUGCUGCCUGAUUUUUUCACUGUUGAAGUGGUGAAUCUCGGGCAACAGAAGAGUCCCAAGGCCUCGUCAUUGUCCAUCCAUGCUGACGAAGACCACGACAAGAGUAACCAAGGUGCUGUAGAGACAUACUUUGGUAUUCAAAGCAUCAGUGGUCGGAAUACAAGAGAACAAGAUGUCACUGAUGACAAUAGAAAGAACAGUCGUGAAAAUGAAGAGGAAAGUGAGCUCCCAGACACUCAGGAAUCUGAGUCUGCAGCAGGAGGUACCAGAGAAUGGAAGGAGGAGGGUAUAGUGCACCUUGUUCGGGUCACGGGGCACAGGGUGGUGCUGACCCACCUCCUGCCCCUACACGGCUACCAGAUAACUGUCACUGCUGCCACAGCCUCUCUCUCCAGCGUUCCCUCGACUCCACUCCUUGCUGUCACCAAGGAGGGAGUUCCUAGUGCUCCUGUGAAUGUGUCGUGGAGUGCAGUUACCCCUAAAGACGCUAUCCUGGUCUGGAGUCGGCCGAGUCACAUCAAUGGUCAACUCCUCUACUUCCUGAUCACCUACUCCCACGACCAGCUUGAGUGGAAGAACCACACGGUUGACCAUCGCUUCACUACUACACAGAUUCAGGACCUGGUAUCCAACACUAAUUAUACUCUGCGAAUAGCUGGCGUAACAGGAGGGGGCAUAGGUGACCUCACCACAGUGUUUGUGUACAUCAGGGCCACACUGGAAGGGGAACCACAGAUCUCCACAGAGCCAGUGGUUGUGAUCAGCGUGGUGGCUGUGCUGAUGGCAGCGACAUGUGUGGUGGUGGUGCUCUGUAUAAGGAUGGUGCGCCUCAGACAGAAUUCGGCAGCUGCUGCAUUCCAGGGUAAUGGGACUUGUCGCAUGGUAUACGCGAAUGGGGUGAAGGCCUUAGGCAGGGAUCAUGGCACGGAACUUAAUGAUUACAAGCCUAUGUUAGCCUCCCUGCCGCCUGCCACCCAUAACCAUCACCUUGACACCAAGGGAGGUCCCGGGUUACGCGACGAUGGCAUUGUGACAAGCUAUCUUCUAGAUGCUAACGCUGUUAGGAUAAACGAGGCUGAUGUGCCAAAUGAAAAUGUGGAGCCCCUGCAUGAUGGUGUUGGACCUAAAAAUGUAGUGGACAUUUUAGACUGCAUAGAUGAUGACGACGACGUCUCCAGCAGAUUACUGCAGAAUGUCUCUACAGCAGGGCCUGUAUUUUCUAGUUUAAAGGACCUCGAUCCAAGAUCCUUAUGUGAAUCCACUCAGGUUGAUCCCAACUCUCCAAAAGACUGUGCAGGGGCAGCACCGGCCAUUGUAUCCUAGAACUUGCACUAGCCUUAAUUCACGGGUGAAGGCACGGGUUUACAGAGUAGUUUGGGUCCAAAGGCCCUACCAUAAGAGGAGUGACACUGGCUUUGUCUUAUGAUACAACUAAAAGAUAAAAAUGUCAUGCUUUCUAGUGUAUCAAGGUGUGACCAGAGCCCAGCCUGAGGAUAAGAGUGGAGGUACGGGUUUUGCGGGGUAGUGUGGGCCCUAGCACCCCUACUGCUUGAGAAUCAUUCACUGGCCGGGUGCCACAAGGACAUUGCACGUGUAGGAAGUAGUAUAAGCCUAGAAAUACUAUUAAAAUAAGGACUUAAUUCCACUGACACCACAAAUGGAAAUGCAGAUUUUGAAUUUGACUUAUCCCUAUCUGUGACAGUUUUUUUUGGGCUAAUUGACUGCUGAAUUUUUGUUUAAACAUUAUUGAAACUAUUAAAUGCAGCAAAUCUUUUGUAUAAUUAAACUGUUACAUUUUAGCUGCAAUAUAAUAUGGCCAAUCUGAUGCCCUUUAUUUUCUUAUAUAUUUAUCAGGAAGUUUUAGCAGUCAUAAGACUGGGAUGCAGUUUUUAUUCAAUAUCUUUUGGUUGUAUUUAGCUGGCUUCAUCACCUCAAGUAGAUACGUAUAGUGUUUACAAUUAUUGAUAGUUUUUAUGAAUUAUUUUUAUUGCUAAGAAAAUGUUUAAGGGUCAUUGCUGGACAAAUAGUGUUGUUAUUUUUAUUAGAAGAGUAGCAAACAACAAGAUUUCACUGUAAAGAAGUUUUGAAGUAUAAAACAUGGUAUAAAAAUAAGUUCCUUAAACAUCAAAGUUAUAUGUUAUAUAUUGCUGGUACAGCACUGUAGAAAAGUUCUGUUAAACAAGUGUGUUCUCUGCCUUAUCACCAACUCCUCCUGAUUCAACCACCGUUUACCCCUCUAGGUUACUUUCAUCACUCAAUGUGAAUUAAUAGAAAAAAGUACAAGAAUACAAGUUUUGGAAAAGUAUGAAUAACUCUGGAAUACAUUUUUACAUUAGACUGCUUCAUUCACUUUUUCUCAUUUAUUUACAAUCUUAAAAUGAACUUGACAUGUAAACUCUAGAAUUUUGGGGGGAAUUAUAGUUAUUAUUAUUAGUCAAUAUGACAAGUUUCCAUUAGGUAAUGUGUUGCAGGAAUUCUUGUGUUAGAUGAUGUACUGGGCAGAAUGUGGUGGCCAGAUGCACAGUAACAGAACAUUUUUAGGGUACUGUAAACUCUUGUGGUUUCCUUCUAAACAUAACUAAUGUAAUUAUAACUCUAAUUAGUCAAACAUUUUUCUUAGUGGGUGAUUAAGAGUAUUGAACAGGUACAUAUGUUGACGUACUGCACAAAAAUUAAAGACUCGGUUUCGAUUAUUAUGAGAUAGCAAGGAAAUUAUUAAUGCAUAAUAAUAACUUAAGCAAGAUGUUAUAUUCAGAUAACUUUGGUAUUUUUUUCCUAGUUUUGACCCUUAGACAAAGCAUUUUCUGUAUGUUUUACAGAUAAGUACUACUGUUUUCAUAGACUUAAGUUUCGUAUAAAUUAUUACAUGGUCAAAUUUGUGCUGAAUCUUCAUGUUCAGUUAAGUACGAAUUUAUUAAGUGUUCAUGGAGUAACUCAUCCUUCAACAGUCAUUACACUGUAGAUGAAGUACAGGUAAUGACAUGGCAUAAAAUCAAGGACAUUUUCAGGGUGAAAUGAAAAAAAAAACUGUUUUCAUAAUUCAUAUAUAUAUUGCCUCAUACAAUAGUUAGAAUCUUGUUAAUGUGUAGCCUCCUAGUGUAUAAAGGUGACUCAGGAAAGCCAUGUCAUGAUGGACAUUUAAAUUGUAUUUGAGGUGAUAUGAUUGUUUACAUUUUGUCUGAUUAACAAAAUUUGUGUACUCUAAGAAUAACAUUUGGCCCAUGUGCUGCUGAGGGCCAAGGGUAGCGACGAGUCUACCCUCCUGCCUGCAGCACUCAGCUUCGCAUGAGGUAAUAAUGCCCACUUCAGGUUAGUCCAAUUGAUACUCUGUUUCAACAGCAUUAUGUAUACUACUGUUGAUACUGGGACUAAAAACAACAUUUUGAAAUUGGAGAGCUAUGUAAGGCAGAUUGGAAGGGGGGGGGACAUUGGCAACAUUUACAUACAGAAAUAGCCCUCAUUCCAUCAGAUCCAGUUUUCAAAUGUGAUUGUUUUGAUCACUUGGAAUGGAACAAAAAUUUAUAUACAAAAAUAACAUACCUUUUGUGUAUGCUUGAGCUAUGCUUAACAACUGCCAACAAAGAUUAUAAGCAAGAUAAAUUUUAGUAUCUUGAAUUGCACAGUACGAAUUUGAAACAUGUCACUCACACUGCAUUCUGAUUGGUGAAGAUGUUAGUGUGCAUUAAAAAUAGUUGACUAAAUCUCCUCAGGUUUGUAUCAAACUGUUGAUUAUGUCAGAGUAUGCACAUAAGUCACUGAUUUCAUCAUAGUGCAUGGGUUCAGGCCGUUGAUCUUAUCAUACGACAUUGGUUCAGAACGCUCUUUAGAUCAGCUGGUGUGGGUUCAGACUGUUAAUCGUUUCACCGAGUGUUCAAAAUGCUGAUUCUGUCACAGUGGGUGGGUUCAAACACUUGAAUUUUUGAGUGGGUGGACUUAAACUAUUCAUUCUGCCUCAAUGGAUAGGCUCAAACUCUUGGUUCUUUCACACUGGAUUAUGCUCUUUAAUUUUGUCAUAGUGGGAGGGUUCCAACUCUUAAUUACUGUCAAUGGGAGGACUUUAACUGUUCAUUUUGUUAGUGAUAGGGUUCAUGGUGUUGAGUCUGCUACAGUGGGUUCAGGCGUCUGUCACUAGAUUCAAGUUACUGGUUCUGUCAGUGGGUGGGUUUAAACUGUAGAUUCUGCCACAAUGAAGGUUUUCAGGAUACAGUUGCAUUGGGUAGGUUUAUAUUAAGAAUAUUCAUUUAGGUUAGUUUCUUUUGUACUAGUAUCCAACAUGUUAGUUAUUCGGGGUUGAAGCACUGGGAUAGUUGAGAUGGAACACUGGGAUGGUGUGCUAGGGACGGAAUACUCGGGGAGGUACUCUUGGAAUAGUACACUCAGGACUGGACUCGGGCAAUGGAAUACUCGACACUGUGCUCUUGGGAUGGCACGUUAAGGAUAGUAUACCUGGGAUAGAUUACUUGGGACAGUACACAUACGACAGUUUGUACUUAGGACAGUACACUCGUGUAUAUACGCGGGACAGUUGUACUCAAAAUAGUACUCUCGGGAUAUAUUUGGGACAGUACACUGAUACUCUUUGUAACUAUUCUAGGGGUACAAUCCCAACAAUAUGGGACUUUAGAAAAACUACACUAUGGAUGGUGUACUUAGGUCUACACACACUGGGUUUGUGAAUUCACUCUCUGUAUUGAAUGCUGGGUACUUUAGACAAUGCACUCGGAAUAGUAUUCUCUUGACGAUACACUUGGAACAAUAUAUAUACAGUACUAAUGACACUACUCGAGACAGAGAACUGAGCACUCAGGACACUACACUUAGAAUAAUACCCUCAGGAUGAUACACUUGGAACAAUUCCUUCAGGACCAUACACUUAGGACGAUACACUUGGAACAGAACACACUGAAUGAUACACUUGGAACAAUUCCUUCAGGACAGUACAUUUAGACUGAUACACUUGGAACAAUUUCUUUAGGACCAUACACUUAGGACGAUACACUUGGAACAGAACACACUGAAUGAUACACUUGGAACAAUAUCCUCAUUACAGUACACUUAGAACAAUACUCUCAGGACGAUGCACUUGGAACAAUACCCACAAGACAGAACACUUGAGAUGAUGUACUUGAAACAAUACUCUUUAUGACAGUAUACUUGGAAUGCAAUACUUGAGCCAGCAAAAGUGUGGACAUUAGAAAUAUCAGACUGCACAUGGGGGGAUGGGGGUCGAGCUAUCGGGAUGGUACAUGAUGGAUGGUGCACAUCAGAUGAGACACCUAAAGUGGUACAGUACAUACAAUAGAUAAAGUACACUUGGCAGUACUCACAGUUGGGGGGAGUACAGUACAUGUGGGGGGGGGGGUAGGGCACACACAGUAUAAGGUUGCCACUGAAUGUACCCAUCAUACCUUUAGUAGAAGGGAAUACAUAUGGGAGGGUACUUUGGGCCAUACCAAAAAUAUGGACGGUAUUGUUGAAACAGACUCUUGCUUCGGGAGAGUACACACAUUGAGAAAUUUAAUAAUAAUAAUACUGUAAUUAGUUUUGUCUGGGACAGAAUGCUUGUGUAUAUGUUUAUACUUUAGGCUUGUAUCAAGGUACCCACCAAGAUCGAACUACUGAUCUUUUCCAGAAUGCAGCCACGCAACAGUUGCCUAACUCCUGGGUACAGUACCUAUUUCCUGCUAGGUGAACAGAGGCAUUAGGUGAAAGAAUAUAUGUGCCCAACCAUUGUCCCUCCAGGAAAUCGAACCCGGGAUCCCUGAUUGUGAGUGGAUAACACUAGAGAAAGGUACACUUGGGGAGGUAAACAUUAUAGGGAAGGUACACUUAGGGCAGUAAACACUAGGGAAAGUACACUUGGGGCAGUAAACGCUAGGGAAGGAACACUUAGGGUAGUAAACACUAGGGAAGGUACACUUAGGGCAGUAAACACUAGGGAAGGUACACUUAAGGUAGUAAACACUAGGGAAGGAACACUUGAGGCAGUAAACACUAGGGAAGGUACACUUGGGGCAGUAAACACUAGGGAAGGAACACUUGGGGCAGUAAACACUAGGGAAGGUACACUUGGGGCAGUAAACACUAGGGAAGGUACACUUGCGCAGUAAACACUAGGGAAGGAACACUUGGGGCAGUAAACACUAGGGAAGGUACACUUGGGGCAGUAAACACUAGGGAAGGUACACUUGGGGCAGUAAACACUAGGGAAGGUACACUUGGGGCAGUAAACACUAGGGAAGGAACACUUGGGGCAGUAAACACUAGGGAAGGUACACUUGGGGCAGUAAACACUAGGGAAGGUACACUUGGGGCAGUAAACACUAGGGAAGGUACACUUAGGGCAGUAAACACUAGGGAAGGUACACUUAGGGCAGUAAACACUAGGGAAGGUACACUUGGGGCAGUAAACACUAGGGAAGGUAGAGUAUUGAGAGGGUUUUCACUGGUCAGUGCACAAGGGAUGGGAAACAAAACUAUUGGAUGAACUAUUGACCUGUGGUUAUGACUGUGAUUGUGUAGCCUUUGUAAUACUGUAUAGCUAAACUAAACGUUAAUGUAACAAAAGUUGGACCUAUA